AGUUCUAAUUUUAAAUAAUAUGUAGGCGGCCUUGACUAUAACAAUUGCCUCAACUAUAGUAGAGCACAAUGGCCGCUGAGCAGGAGCCACAUCUAACACCUCAGCUACAAGAGCACUACGAAAAGGAGGCAGAAAUUUUGAUGCUCUUGGUGGAUCUGGAGCAGCGCUAUCAAGAAUUCUACAAGCUCUAUCAGUGCGAAGUGGAGGGACAAAAGAUUAUAAUCGAACGUCUAUGGAAGUUGACGCAACGCUAUCUGAUACUGAUUAGCUGUGUGCCAGGCUGUCGCUAUCCUGAAGUCUACACUCUUUCCGCCGAGGAGGCCAUCAUUAAUGAAUACGAAGAGAAGCUUGAGACAAUACGCCACUCAAACAACGAAAUGAAAAACGCACUAAUGGAGCUUAAUAAUCAUUGCAAACAUUUCUAUAAUGUUUAUGGUGAACUAAACAAAUCCUUGGAGACGCCCUUUAUUAUGGGCGAUAAGCAUCAUCGCAGCAUUCGAUAUCAUAAAAUAAUGACCGUGGAUAUAUUUAAUUAUUUGUACGCAGCUGUAUUGAAAAUGAAAUGCUAUAUGCAUCAGCUGGAUCCGAUUAACUUGGACAGCGUCGAGGACUAUCGCGAGCUGCUCAACAAGGACAGCGAGCGUGAGGAGUUUAAAGAAUAUUUAGAGAAUAAUUAUAUAUUCUGCAAGUGUCUCAAGCCCGCACCCACCUGUCCCAUUGAGAAGCUCAAAUGUCUACAUCAAAAUAUUCAAAGCUUACGCUAUGUAAGCAGAGUUUAAUUUGCAGAAACUCUUAAUCAAAUAAUGGAGUAAAUUCAAGUGUAGCUAAUAACUAUUAAUGAAUGUCUGCAUUGCGCUAUUAAAUGUUUAAUGGCUGAAACAUUGUCUGGCUAAACGAUAUUUAGUGCGCUUCAUUAUAAGCGCAGUUAUAUUUAAUUUAAUUCUUGGUAUUCAUUAAUAAGCA